AUGAUUGAAGCCAAAUUUAAAAAUCAAUCUCGUUAUGAGUGGGUAGAAUUAUUCGAACCUAGUUCACAAAAGAUUAUCUAUGCAAACCUUGAAUCCGGAGAAAUUCGAUGGGAUUCGCCUCCAAAUGUCCGAGUUCGACCACUUUCAAAUGAGCAAUGGUGGGAGCUAUUCGAUGUUAAUACCCAACGCCAUUACUAUUAUGACGUCCGCUCUGGCACGACUGAGUGGCAUCGGCCUCCUUCUGGCGAUGUUAUUCCACUAUCAAAUCUUCAGGUAUCUAUUUAA